GAGAAGCCUAAAGCAAAAUCCACCACCACCCCCUCCUUCCUCAGCCACACAGCUCCCAAAAGUCCUACCAAGCUCAGGGGGCUCAGGCUUUGUGAGGAUGGUGUCAGAGAGUGAGAAACAAGGAGGCUGCAGCUCCCUCUUGGCUCUUGGGAGACCCUCCUUGGGGGAGUCCCCCUCCAAAAAGUUCUCCUGUAGCUGAACUCGGGAGCACCUGUGCCCUGGCAGGGGUAAGACAGCAGAAUUUCAGGAGAGAUCUCUUUUAUUGUAUUUCCCUACAUGCUGAAUUCAUCCAUUUCAUUUACAGCCACCACAGCGGCACCCACCACGUGUGUACCCACUACCAAGGGUGGCACAACUGAGGAGCCCAACCUCAAGACUCCAGAUCCAGGGAGAACAGUGCUGGACGAUCUGAAUUCCUUCUGUCACAUCUUCAUCUGGGUCCCCUUGGCCGGUGCCUGUGUCCUGCUCCUCAUCGCCCUGGUGAUCACCCUCGUGCUGUGCCGACAAACCAGAAGACGAAGAUGCAGGUGUAAGAGACCUGCAAACGGGAAGCCCCCCACAAAACCCAGGACACCCAACUAACACAGACCAGCAUCUGCUCCUCCUGCCUUCUGGAUCUUCUCCUGGGACCUGUCAGCACAGAAAUCCAUCUCCUACAUGAUCCACACUGCCACUGCACUCACCCCCUCUGCCCUGGCGGGUGUGAAGGGGCAGAGGGAGCACAGACACACAGACAAGCAGCACCUCCCUGUGAGCUGCAGGGCAAAGCACAGCUCCUUCCAAACUCUGAGCUUCUCUGGCAAUGCCAGAAACCACCUCUGCACCCAGACAUGGGCUCAGGCACAAGAGCCAAGCCAGCCCUGAUGCUGACAGGCCUCAGUGAGAAGCUGAUGAGAAAUAAGGACAUGAGCUGGACCUUUGCUCAAAGCUGUGUGCAAUUUCCUCCCAAAAUGCAGCCACAGGUGGAAUUUGCUGCACUAAACCUGAGAAAUGAUUCUCCUCACUCAACACAUCAUCUUGUUGUGGUACCUCCCUCCUAGGGCUUUUAUUGUUUAAUGCAAUGGAAUACAAGACUGCAUUGAGAAUCUAAAUAUGGAUUAAAGGGCCUUACUUUUGAGGUUUUCACAGUCCUGGGGGCUAAGGUUCACUGUUCCCAUCACACUGUCCUUGUUCUGCUGCUACCCCUGAUCCAUCUAUUUCAGCAGGAGUUUGGCCUGAGUAAGGAAAGUGGGAUUUGCUUUCUUACUGAGGGAAAUGCCUGGCCAAUUAUAAAAAAAUCUUUGUCACUUGUUUUUUGUUAAGCAGGACGUUUAACAUGUUGAUAUUUCGGGAUAUAUUAUAGACUACUGUAAAUCUUGUUUUUUCAGAUCUGUAUUUCUUGUAAAUAUUUCCUUAGUAUACUUGCAAAUUAAGAACUGAGACAUAAAAUAAAAUUAUUUUAGUCAGA